ACCGAAGCUCGUGCAGUGGAAUGGGUCUUUCGGGGACUUGCAAGGCAGAUCAUUUGGAUUUGUCAACAGUUGAUCUUCACGAUCAACCUGGAGGUGCAGGGCCUGAGCAGAUGUCUACGCCGAGGAAUCUCGAUUCACCGGCUUGGCUGUGUAUGCAAAUCCCUGUGUGGCGAAAGAAGGCAUCUACUUCUCUUGUUGAAAAAGCUGGGGCAGCAUCAAGCAGUGACGGAGACCCGUCUUCAGCAACGUCUGCGGUGCCUUCACCGGAGCAAGCAGCUGUCACUGAGGCCGCGCAUCCGACCGCACCUGCCAGUGAUGCGGCACAGGAGCUUAU